AUGUCCAUGGCCACUUCGGCGCAGCUCAGGCGGCUGAAGCCUCUGUACCAGCUGGUGGUGAACAACAUCCUGGCCAUCGUGGCCGUGCCGCUCGCCGCCUCGGUCCUGCUCAAGGCGGCGUCGCUCGGGCCCGAGGAGAUCCUGGCCCGGGCCCUCGCGCUCCGGCCGGCGCACAUGUUCCUGUGCGCGUUCCUGCCGGCCGCCGCCACGGUGCUGUACCUCAUGCUCCGCCCGCGCGCGGUGUACCUGGUGGACUACGCCUGCUUCCGCACCAACCCCAACUGCCGCGUCCCGUUCGCGACGUUCCUGGAGCACUCCCGCGUGUGGCCGGGCUUCGACGAGCGCAGCGUCCGGUUCAUGACGCGCCUGCUGGAGCGCUCGGGGCUCGGGGAGGAGACGUGCCUGCCGUACGCGCAGCACUACAUCCCGCCGUCGCGUGACCUCGAGUCCUCCCGCGCCGAGGCCGAGCUCGUCAUCUUCUCGGCCAUCGACGACCUGCUCGCCAAGACGGGCGUCUCCCCGCAGGACAUCGACAUACUGGUGGUGAACUGCAGCCUGUUCGCGCCGACGCCGUCGUUCACGGACAUGAUCAUGCACCGGUACAAGCUCCGGAAGGACGUGCGCAACGUGCACCUCGCCGGGAUGGGGUGCAGCGCGGGGCUCAUCUCCGUGGAGCUGGCCCGGAACCUGCUGCAGGUGGCGCCGCGGGGCGCGCGCGCGCUGGUGGUGUCCACGGAGACCAUCACCCCGAACUACUACAUGGGCAAGGAGCGCGCGAUGCUGCUCCCCAACUGCCUGUUCCGCAUGGGCGGCGCCGCGGCGCUGCUGUCGACGGACGGCGCGGGCGCGCGGUUCCGCCUGGCGCGCGUGGUGCGCACGCUGCGCGGCGCCUCGGACAGCGCGUACCACUGCGUGUACCAGGAGGAGGACGACCGGGGCAACGUGGGCAUCAACCUGUCCAAGGACCUGAUGAACAUCGCGGGCGACGCGCUGAAGGCGAACAUCACGGCGAUGGGUCCCCUGGUGCUGCCGGCGUCGGAACAGCUGCUGUUCGCGCUGUCCUUCAUCGCGCGCAAGGUGCUCAACAACCGGAUCAAGCCCUACAUCCCGGACUUCCGCACGGCGUUCGAGCACUUCUGCAUCCACGCGGGCGGGCGCGCCGUGAUCGACGAGCUCCAGCGCAGCCUCACGCUGUCGGACGAGCAGGUGGAGGCGUCGCGGAUGACGCUGCACCGCUUCGGCAACACCUCCAGCAGCUCCCUCUGGUACGAGCUCGCCUACAUCGAGGCCAAGGGACGCAUGCGCAGGGGCGACCGCGUCUGGAUGAUCGGCUUCGGCUCCGGCUUCAAGUGCAACAGCGCCGCCUGGGAGUGCAUCCGCCCCGCCGCCAACGCCGACGGGCCGUGGGCCAACUGCAUCCACCGGUACCCCGUCCACAUUCCCGACGUGCUCAAGCACUGA